UGAAUGGCUUUCUGAACACUGGCAAAGGUGGGACAGUUUAUCUUGGGAUCACUGAUGAAGGCCACGUCCGUGGCCUUAAUCUUACUCAGUAUAUAAAAGAUCACAUGGUGGUGGCUGUGGAUGACCUCAUGAGCCGGUACACGCCCCCCGUGGCUUCGCACCGCUACAAGAUCAGGUUCAUACCUGUGGUGCAGAGAGAUGCUACAGAGGAGCAGAUUGAGACCCUGUGUAACUAUGAUUCAAGUAUUCAUAUUGACCCAGAUGUCAGGUUGAAGCCACACAUCCUGCGAAUGUCCAACUACUGCUGGUGUGACAGGGACCAUAUCGCCAGGAUUAACUCAAAGAUUCUGAGUCCCGACUUCGUGGUAGAGAUCACAAUAAAACCGUGGGACCCCUCAGACCUCAGGAACCAGCAGUAUACCAAGGCUGACCUCAAGCUGCCUGCUGUUCACGAGGAUGAGGAGGGCAACUGUUACUUCCGACAGCAGGGCAGUGUAGUUUGUUAUUCUUUACAAGAUGUCAUUCAGAAUACAAAAAGGGAAGUUCACGACCAUUAUACACAGCAGAUAGAAAAGUUGAAGGAAGAACUGUUUCCUGGGGUACAGCUGCAAGGCUUAAAUCUCACAAGCUGAUGUAGGAAUCAUUAUAAACUCCAGUAUUAUGCAAUUUCAAAUUGGUAAAAGAGACAGAUUUUUUACUGACACUGAUGACCAUGUAGUUGGCUUGCGAUGUUGCUGAUGGAAAGUUGGUCAUUUAACAGUGAGGGUGACAGAAACAGCAGAUACGGUUGCAGCGGUCGUUUUCUCAGAGAUGUAUUGACGGUUAAAAAAAUUGUGCACCAUGAAAAUGAAAUUAUGGAUCCUUUUUUUUUUUCAAAAUUAACUUCCACAUGAACUUGGAGCUAUUCAUUUCAUU